AUGCCCAGCACCGAGCAACCCGCUACCACCCCCCCAACAACCGUCGACAGCGGCCUCGCUGCCUCGCUGAUCCCUCCACCCAAGCCAAGCACCACCACCACCACCACCAUCACCAGCACAACCAACACUACUCCCCCCAUCUCCGAAGACCACCCCGGCACCACCAGAACUGGCACCGUCACUCGCACCAGCACUAGCACCAGCGCCGCAGCCGCCACCGCAGCCAUGGAGCACACCAUGGCCUGGAAACCGGCGCUCGACCGGCGCCAGAGCUGGGACCCGCAGGAGUGGAAGCACGACGUGCAGACGCGGCAGUGCGACGCCUGGACGGGGGCGCGGGCGCGGGCCGGGGCCGGGGGGUUUUCGGAGGCGGGGUAG